CUGAUAAUUUUAUUUACUUAUUUCUGUAGCGGAAUCCUGAGAUUAAAUUAUUGUAAAGUCACUAGAAGCAUAAGAAGUUAUUUCAGAUUUGGAUUGAAUUUAUUUUCAUGGUAUCGUGUUGUGCAGUCUGGGUUAUAUUUUGUACAGAGUCUUCUGGCCUACACUUUGAUGCUCAUCGCAAUGACCUUUAAUGUUUGGAUAAUACUUGGUAUUGUCUUUGGAGAAGCAGUUGGAUAUUUCUUGUUUUUCGAGUAA